AUGAUGGAGCUGCUGACUGGAGAGGUUCCUGUAAGGUGUCAGGAUGUGGCGGUCUAUUUCUCCAUGGAGGAGUGGGAGUAUAUAGAAGGACACCAGGAUCUGUACAAGGAGGCCAUGAUGGAGGGUCCCCGGCCUCUGACAUCACCAGAAAUUCCUAGAAAGAACUCUGAGGGCAUGUUAUCUCCAGAUUAUAAAGUAGAAGAUGAAGAUAUCAGGCCGCGCUCUUCAGAAGAAAACCUCCCAACCUUAUCACUAGAUUAUAAAGUAGAAGAUGAAGAUAUCAGGCCUCGCUCUUCAGAAGAAAACCUCCCAACCUUAUCACUAGAUUAUAAAGUAGAAGAUGAAGAUAUCAGGCCUCGCUCUUCAGAAGAAAACCUCCCAACCUUAUCACUAGAUUAUAAAGUAGAAGAUGAAGAUAUCAGGCCUCGCUCUUCAGAAGAAAACCUCCCAACCUUAUCACUAGAUUAUAAAGUAGAAGAUGAAGAUAUCAGGCCUCGCUCUUCAGAAGAAAACCUCCCAACCUUAUCACUAGAUUAUAAAGUAGAAGAUGACGAUAUCAGGCCACGCUCUUCAGGAGAAAACAUCAUAAAUUUAUCACUAGAUUAUAAAGUAGAAGAUGAAGAUAUCAGGCCGCACUCUUCAGAAGAAAACCUCCCAACCUUACCACUAGAUUAUAAAGUACAAGAUGAAAAUAUCAGGCCGUGCUCUUCAGAAGAAAACCUCCCAACCUUAUCACUAAAUUAUGAAGUAGAAGAUGAAGAUAUCAGGCAGUGCUCUUCAGAAGAGAACGUCAUAAACUUAUCACUAGAUUAUAAAGUAGUAGAUGAAGAUAUCAGGCAGCGUUCUUCAGAAGAAAACCUAAUCACUUGUAAUGUACAUCUAGGACUUCACAGUACAGACCUAUCGUACGAUUCUCCUAAUCAUGAGGAACCUUCUCCUGACCAAUCACAGAUUACCACAAAUCUAUAUCUAUCAAAUAAUUCUAAUAAUGAGGAACCUUUUCCUGACCAAUCACAGGUGACCACAUAUACCCUGGGGGGUAAAAGGCAUCAGUGUGGGGAAUGUGGAAAACUGUAUACAAACCUCUCAAAUCUAUAUAAACACAGAAGAAUUCACACAGGAGAGAGGCCAUAUUCAUGCUCAGAAUGUGGGAAAUGUUUUAUUACUAAAAACAUGCUCGAGGUCCAUCAGAGAAGUCACACAGGAGAAAAACCAUAUUUAUGUUCCGAAUGUGGAAAAGGUUUUAUUACUAAAGACAACCUCAGAAUUCAUCAGAGAAUUCACACAGGAGAGAAGCCAUAUUCAUGUUCAGAAUGUGGGAAAUGCUUUACAGAUAAAUCAGGUCUUGUCAAGCAUCGGCGACAUCACACAGGAGAGAAGCCGUAUUCCUGUUCUGAAUGUGGGAAAUGUUUUACAGAUAAAGCAAGUCUUCUUAGACAUCAGAGAAUUCACACAGGAGAAAAGCCAUAUUCGUGCUCAGAAUGUGGAAUAUGUUUUAUGUAUGAAUCACAAGUUUUGAGGCAUGAGAGAAUUCACACAGUAGAGAAGCCGUAUUCAUGCUCAGAAUGUGGGGAAAAUUUUAUUACUAAAAACCAGCUUAAGGUUCAUCAGAGAUGUCACACAGGGGAGAAACCAACAUGAAUCCACGACAUGUAUCUUCCAACAGUUUAAUAAACCGUACAAUCCUAAUGCUGGACAUUUAGUACCAACUAACACUCUAUAUUGCUAAGACAAUCCUAGCAAAGAACAACAAUCCACAUAUCCCCAGAGGCUCUGCAUUUUGAUAACCAUCUGAAUCAUUCUGACUUACUCAAACCGCAAGCCUAGAAACCCACCUGACAACUCAAGCACAGGGGUGCACUUAGCCUUUCUGUUGCCUGAUAUAAAAACUGAAACUGCACCCCCCGCCAAUGCCAAUUUCUUAACCCAACCCCUUUGCCAGAAUGAAAUCGCUCAUUGCCGAUGGCCCUUUCGCUGCCCCCCCUAUUGUCCCUACGUGGUGCUGCCUGAGGCGAUUGCCUCACCUGGCCUCAUCGGUGGUGCACCCCUGCUCAAGCAUACCUGCUUUUCAGGUAGGAGCCUUUAGUUGCCUGGAAGAUACAUACUCUCUGGAAUCCAAAGCUAUCUCUGACCACUUUUCUGGAAAGAUAUCAAGCUAUAAAGGCCAAACAUCAGCAGUACAAGGCAGGCUCGAUCACAGCGCACCAUGCACUCCAGCUAAAUUCGGGAUAUCCACUAGUAUACCAAAGGCAUGUGCAUCUGUACUCCACCCCUGGACCUACUACACCAUCUAGUAGUAACGGACAGAACAGUAAUCUAGAUAUGGCCAAUUUCACUAUACACCCCACGUCUCAUCUCUCCUAGAAACCCCCGAAGUCCCUGAUUCUUAUUGACGACACAGAUAAGGACAUAGAAACUUCAGUCCCCUUUUUAUAAAGCGGAACCGAAGCAAAACGGGAAAUGAAAUCACUCCUAGAUCUAAAUAAGAAUAAGGAAAUUGGGCUGCAGGUAACAGAGAAGGCCUAGUCAUGCAGUACUCCACAGACUACGUGAGGGAGGCCCCAAAUAUAUGAUCUGACGCAAACUAUUAGAGGAGCACUCUAUCUAAUGCACUCCCCAGUAGUCUAACUAAGAAGUAAUAAGUCAAAGGCUAUGGACACCUUUUGGGGCAUUUGCUAUGAUUG